AUGCAAAGCCAACAAGACAACGACGACGGCCCGCCACCCGGAUGGCAACCUAUCCCUACUCCCCAACGCCCACCGCCACUUCCAUCCGGUUUUGCUCAAAUGGUUUGUGGUUCUUGUAGACGUCUGCUUUCGUAUCCAUCCGGUGGCAAACAUGUCAAAUGUUCAUGCUGUCAAAUGGUCAACAUUGUAUUAGAAGCUGAUCAGGUUGGGCAAGUUAAGUGUGGGAGUUGCGCGCUAUUGCUAAUGUAUCCAUAUGGUGCUUCACAAGUCAGGUGUUCAUCAUGCCGGUUUGUGACAGAAAUCGGGGCAAAUAACAAGCGGCCUCCAUGGUCUGUACAACAAAGUAAACCAACUCCUCCCAAAGCUAGCUGUUAG